AGACUCUGAGAUUCGCGUGGGAACGAAAAAAAAAUGUUACAACCAACAGACGGCGGUUACACUAACGGGUACCACCACGACGGCGCCGUCGCCGUCGGUAUCUCAGGCGGUAAUAGAGUACGCAGAGGCAGCCGCGGCAGGUCACGUGGCCGUAGAGGUGGUGGUAGUAGUGAUGGUGAUGCUAGGGUUUCUCAAUGGCAGCAGCAUCACGAAGAUGAGGAGGAGAGGGAAAAGCCUACACCUCCUUGUACGGAGUUCGAUACGGCAUAUUUUAAUUCGUAUGCUCAUGUUGGCAUUCAUGAAGAGAUGAUUAAGGAUCGUGUGCGGACGGACACUUAUAGGAAUGCAAUUUUUCAGCAUCAAAACUUCAUUGCUGGAAAAGUUGUCGUUGAUGUUGGAUGUGGCACCGGGAUCCUAUCUAUAUUUUGUGCACAAGCGGGUGCAAGACGAGUGUAUGCUGUUGAUGCAAGUGAUAUAGCUGUCCAGGCGAAUGAAAUUGUGAAGGCAAACAACUUAUGUGACAAAGUUAUUGUUUUGCAUGGGCGGGUCGAGGAUGUUGAAAUUGAUGAAGAAGUUGACGUUAUAGUUUCAGAAUGGAUGGGUUACAUGCUGCUUUAUGAGAGCAUGCUGGGGAGUGUUAUCACUGCUAGAGACCGCUGGCUGAAACCAGGAGGUCUUAUUCUUCCAUCACAUGCAACGCUAUACAUGGCGCCUGUGACACAUCCAGACCGGUAUAGUGAAAGUGUUGAUUUCUGGCGUAACGUUUAUGGAAUAGACAUGUCUGCUAUAAUGCCGUUAGCAAAGCAGUGCGCAUUUGAAGAGCCAUCAGUGGAGACAAUUACUGUUGAAAAUGUUUUGACAUGGCCACAAGUGGUGAAGCAUGUGGACUGUUAUACAGUGACAACUCAGGAGCUAGAGUCCAUCACAUCCAGAUUUAAAUUUGAGUCAAUGAUGCGAUCACCCUUUCAUGGUUUUGCUUUCUGGUUUGAUGUGGAGUUUACUGGCCCAACAGUAUUUCCUUUGAAUAAUGGUAUGCGGCCUUCAUUUGUUGAGCCUUCAAACAGUAACAUGACGGAAGGCAAUCAAAGAAAGAAGCGUCCCAAUCCUAAUGACGCCCUUGUCUUGUCAACUGCACCAGAGGAUCCCCCAACACACUGGCAACAGACAUUGGUUUACUUCUAUGAACCCUUAGACGUGGAGCAAGAUCAGGUUAUUGAAGGCUCUCUAACAUUGUCACAAAGCAAAGAAAAUGCUCGAUUCAUGAACAUCCAUCUUGAAUAUUCAUCUGGCGGACGUUCAUUUGUCAAAGAGUCGGUGAUGCGUUAAAUCAACAUAUGAAGUCUUUGUCGGCUGAACCAUUGUGGUGGUCGGUCAUACACGGUUUCUGAUAAUUCUGCUUGUAAUUUAGGUAGGGAAACGAAGGUGAGUUCAGGGCAUUUGCACUGCCUCUAAACUUUAAAGCAUUGAAUGCAUCAAUUUCACUGCAUAUUCACGUAGUGUAUUAUGUGAAAACUUGUAACAUGUUUCCGCGAGAAUAUGAGUCUUUCCUUAGCUGUAAUUUAUAGAGUAGAUGUAGGGUUGAUCUGGUACUGUGUUAGAAUUUUUUAAUUAGUUUGAUUCAUUUGAAUAUGAAAAAGAUAAAAAAAAAAAAAAAAUCAAAUUAUUUCUUCAACCCCCAGCUUGUGACAAGUUACUCUU